UUUUGAGUGUCGUUGAUAGCAAAUCGUGGAUCAGAAAAAAAAAGUUUUUAGAAGCAAUGAAAGUCAGAGAGUUGUUCAUAGCUUUAUCAUCCCUUAUAUUAAUUAAUUUACAUUUACAUCAUUGCCUGACUUUAAACAGUUCUGAUCAUGCAGAAUUUUCAAGUUCAAAUCAUACAAUUGAGAAUAAUUCUACGUUAGUGAGUCAUAGAAGUCCAAAAUACUUCCCAUUCUAUACGUUGGGAAGAUUUGCUCAGGAUGUGUGUACUGGAACUAAUAGUUUGACAGGAACUUGCAUGCUUAAAGGACAGUGUAAUGAUUUAGGAGGUACUUUAACGGGAACGACAUCAUGUUCUCAAGCUAAUACACAGCAAGCAUCAUGUUGCAUCCUCAUUAAGACCUGUGGUGGAUUUACUCAAACGAACAAUACGUACUUUGUGAAUGUAAAUUAUCCAGCGACAUUCCCAGGUGGAUCAAGAUGUAAUCUUCGUGUAUCAAGGAUGGGAACUGAUGUGUGUCAAUUAAAGAUUUCAUUCUUAGACAUGUCAUUAGCGCCACCAACGGGAGAUGGUGUGUGCUCAUUUGACUAUUUCACUGUAACGGGAGGAAGUUCACCUGUACCUAGAAUCUGUGGUGAAAAUUCGGGUCAGCACGUUUAUGUUGAUUUUGCUGGAGAUAAUCCUGUCACUAUUACAGUUGCUACAUCUGCUGCCUUCACAUUCAAUCGUCGUUGGCAUCUUCAUGUCCAACAAAUCGGAUGUGAUUCCACUUCAAGAGCUCCUUUUGGAUGUCUUCAAUACUGGACAGACACUACUAAUACAAUUUCUAGUUUCAAUUAUAAUUCAGCAGGAAGUGGUCAAUUAAAUGCCAUUGGCGUUCAAGGAUCAAGACAAAUAGCUAAUAUGGCAUAUGGCGCUUGUGUUUUAACUCAGCCUGGAAUGUGCUCAAUUACAUGGUCUUUACCUGGAACUGAUAUUUUUGCUUUUACAUUAACUGGAGAUGUUGGCGCUGUAGUUCCAGCUGUAUUAGGUACAGCAGCUGUUCAAAGUCAAGUUUGUACAACAGAUUUUGUUGUAAUUCCAAAUGCUCAACAAGCUGGAAUUGUUAUGCCUAGUGAUCGAUUUUGUGGACUAGGACUUGCCGCAACCACAAGUAAUAUUCGACCAUUUGUAAUUUAUUCUGUGACUGAUGCAAACGAAACGCCAGAUAUUGGAAAUCGAGGAUGGAGUUUGACUUAUGUCCAAAAUAUGUGUCCUGUUUAAAGUUACUAUCUAUCGCUGAUCAAGAUUCAAG